AUGCCGCGUGGAUUUCUGGUGAAAAGGAGUAAACGGGGCUCUCCGGCAUCUUACAGAGCGCGCCAAGAGGCCACCGAGGAACCCAAAACGCACCUCCCGGUACCGACUCCAGAUGGAGAGACAAGCGUCUUGGUUACGCACUCAAGUGAGGCGCAAACUGAUCUCCAAGAGACAUGGACAAGCGUUCCGACAGAAACCGAGGAAGCCCAACUGCCCGAGAGUCCAAGACAAGUAGGACUUCUGAUGCACAUCACAGACCUGUCACAGCAAAACAGAAGCGACGCGGAGCCCAGUGGGUCGCCCGGUCGGGCUGAUGCUGCUUACAGUCCCGUUAAACCCGUCAGCACGGAGCUCAAGGAGUCGUUUUUUGACAGAUGCCUGAGCUCACCGGCCACAGCAGAGUCGUUCCCUAUGAGCACACCCGUGUCGUCCAUCGAGCGGCUGCUCAUGACCCACGGGGAGAUGAAAUUCGACUCACCGGUUCAGCUGUACUCCUCAUUCCACCAGAGUCUAAAACGCACCGGCGCUGACGCCGAGCGUAAAAGCAAGCCACCGGCAAAGAAGCCCAAAGUUAUGAGGAAGCUCAACUUCGAGGACGAGGUGACCACCUCACCGGUGCUAGGACUAAAAAUCAAGAAAGAGGGUCCCGAAUUCAAACCCACAUCGUCCGCUGGAGGAAGAAAGAAACCGCUAGGCGAGUUCAUCUGUCAACUCUGCAAGGAGGAGUAUCCAGACCCGUUCUCACUCGCACAGCACAAGUGCUCAAGGAUCGUGCGCAUCGAGUACCGCUGUCCCGAGUGCGACAAAGUUUUCAGCUGUCCCGCCAACUUGGCCUCGCACCGCAGGUGGCACAAGCCUCGCAUCGUGAACGGCGGCGAGUCUCAAGGUAGCAAAAAGUCGUCGCUGGAGGGUCGGGUGCUGGACAAGCUCUCCGCGGAGGGAAAAGAAAACGCCAGUAAGCUGCGAGUGAACAAUCAGCACCACAUCUCGCUGGAUAGCUCUCAGUGCCACCGACCGUCCGACAGCGCACACGGGCAAGAUAUGCGCAUGGCAGUGCCGGAGAGCCCUCCGUCGCUGCAACCGCAAUACAUCUCACCUGAGAAAUGCUUCGACCUGCACAUCAGAACCACCGAGAGUGACAGCUUGUUGCACUGCGCUGAUCCGGCGAACCCCACCGCCGCUUCGUGCCUGCCGUCCCCCGGCUGCGGAGAGGAGGUGUACGAGUGUUGCUACUGCGGCAAGAAGUUUCGAAGACAAGCAUACCUCAGGAAGCACUUGGCGGCUCAUGAGACAAUCAAGCCGUCACCGUACAGCCAAUUCCUGAACGAACAGAUCACUUUCCCUUGUCACCUGUGCGGAGCUCAUUUCCCCUCUCUGGAGAUCCGGGACAAGCACAGACUGUGGCACGCCGUGAGGGAGGACCUGUUCAUGAACCCGGUGAAGAGCGCCAGUGCGCUGGUUAGACCAGACCUCACGCACGGCGAGCAGCAGAUCUUCUCGUGUAAACACUGUCCGUCCACGUUUUUCAGCUCCCCCGGACUGACGAGGCAUAUCAACAAGUCUCACCCCACAGAGAGUAGACAGGUCAUGCUCCUGCAAAUGGCUGUGAGGCCCGGCUGCUAA